AUGGCCGACGUCAUGAGUGAGCAUCCUGACUUAUCGGAGUUGGCCCGCUCCCCAUCUCCCGGCCAGAAGCGAAAGCGCGACGACGACUUGUCUGAUUCGAUGAGUCCUAGCCGAAAGCGUUCCAGUGCUGAAGGACUUUCAGAUGUGGACACUGCAGCUUUCAUUGAGAAUGCUGUCGAGGCUGCCCAUGCCGCUGCCCAGAACGGUGUCUCCGCCGCGGAUUUCAGCGCCCUGCAACAAGCUGCCGCUGCUGAGCAUUCCGAGGCAGCUGAUCCGGCCAAUGCUUCCAGCACCGCUGCUGCCGCCCUUGGAUCCAUGUAUCCCACCCUUCAUGUUCCUCCUACCACCGAGGAGCAGUUUGCUGCACAGUCGAGCAACGAUCCGACCCACGGUCAAGACCAUGGCUUCGGCCAUGCUGACCUGAGCCCGCCGGACGGGCUCCCGGGUCUUCCCCCUGUCCCUCAGCCCACGAAUGGCCUUCAGUCUGUGCAACCUCAGCAAUCCCACCAACCUCACCAGCAUCAGCAACCUCCCCCACCUCAGCACCGUUAUUCGUCUGGAUCAGCUGGCACUCCCGCUAAGAAACCGGACGUCGGUUCAGAGGAAUGGCAUAAGAUGCGCAAGGACAACCACAAAGAGGUCGAGCGCCGUCGCCGUGAAACAAUCAAUGAAGGCAUCAAUGAGUUGGCCAAGAUUGUGCCCAAUUGCGAGAAGAACAAAGGCUCCAUCCUUCAGCGUGCCGUCACAUUCAUCAAUCAACUCAAGGAGAAUGAGACGCAAAACAUCGAGAAGUGGACUCUUGAGAAGCUGCUUACGGAGCAAGCUAUAGCAGAGCUCAGUGCCUCCAACGACAAGCUGAAGCAAGAGUGCGAACGUCUCUAUAAGGAACUAGAGACUUGGAAACGAGUUGCUCAGAAUGCGGAUCAGACCCCUUACACUGCGGCCAACGUGGAGGUGGCGUCAUCUCCUCAGCAGGCUCACAUCGAUCUGGCGAACCUCCAGCGUGAGAGUCAGCAGGACCAGCACGGUGCCCUUCUGUACGGACCCUCCGCCCUCUUCGUCGAUGAGGUCAGCGAUGAACAUGAACCGCCUCACCAUCAGCUUGACACUCCUCAGUACCAUUCACCCAUCCCCUCAAUCGAUUGUGCUAUCCAUCAGCUUGACAUCCCCCAGCGCCAAGCUUCCGCCUCUUUCGACCCCCUUCGCCAGCCACGUUCGAUUGCGCCUCGGGUGAUCUCUCCUCAUACGACUCCUCCUAGCGCGAUUGCUCCUCCGAUUCCUCCCAGAAGAUUCCAUUCGCCUCAAUCUUCUGGGUUCGCUGCUUCGAUCCCACAGGGCGUCUGUCAGAUCGAGAACCUGGACUCCGACCCUUCUUUUUACUUUUCACCUUAUACCCCCAGCCAGCAGUAA